AUGGCAGAAACGGUACAAAAAGGCAUGACAAUAGAUUUUUUACGUGAAGUAACUGAAAAAGUAAAUAAGUUAAAAACACUCAGCAACAUCAAAGGGAUUUCUGACUUAGAAAUAAAAGUCAAGCAAAUCUCUGAAAACAAAAAAUCCAGCAUCACCUUAUCAGAUAUUGACAAUCACGAGACAGAGCAUCGAGACGAUUCCAAUUACGAGAUUUAUCCUACAGACGAGCUCUCCAAAACUCUCCGAAGAUCAGCCACCAAAAACUCUUUAGAAAUUAGUUUAAGCAGCUCUAAUAGUUCAAAAUCUUCUAGCGACCGCAGCAUAAAACAAAAAAAUAAAUAUAUUUGUGGAGCAGUCAAGCAGCAGCUAAAACAACUAAAGCAAAAAACAGCAGAAAGCUUAAAAUAUAUUAAUAAAAGCAGCAAAGAAGCAGAAAACUAUAAGUCUCAAGUCAGUGAGAUGAAAAAAUCAAUACAUGAGCUGCUUGAAGAAGCAAGCCAAACUAAGGAACACAUCAGCAGCAUGAGAGGCCACUUUGAAAGUGUUAUUGACAGCAUUAAAGGAGAAGAAAAUAGCCCUUUCGCCAAAGAUGAAUGUGUAGAAUUUGACGUCAGCGCUAUCAAAGGAAGCGUUUAUGAGCCAAGCGUAUCAGAACAAAUUAAACAGCUUCAGCAAAAAGCAAGCCACAUACAAAGCAGACUGUUAACUAGGGAAAGCGAAGUCAUGCAGAGAUGUGAAGAAAAUUUAGAAUUAAAAGCUUUGAUAGAAAAAUUAAAUAACGCGCUGGACGAGAAGACUGUAAAAGUGGAAAAAGAAGAAAAAACCAUUGGAUGCCAAUGCGAAGUUUUUUAA